CCGGGGAGAGCGGAUAUAGCGAACGCGGGGUCCGGGGAGAGCGGAUAUAGCGAAUGCGGGUCCGGGAGAGCGGAUAUAGCGAAUGCGGGGUCCGGGGAGAGCGGAUAUAGUGAAUGCGGGGUCCGGGGAGAGCGGAUAUAGCGAAUGCGGGGUCCGGGGAGAGCGGAUAUAGUGAAUGCGGGGUCCGGGGAGAGCGGAUUUAGUGAAUGCGGGGUCCGGGGAGAGCGGAUAUAUAGUGAAUGCGGGGUCCGGGGAGAGAGGAUAUAGUGAAUGCGGAGUCCGGGGAGAGCGGAUAUAGCGGAGAGGAACGUCUAGGAUUAGUAGAGGCCAAGGGCAGCAGGGUAC